CAGCUGGCCCAAAAAAAGAAUUUUUAAAAAUUAACUAUAAUGAAAGGAAAAAAAAUCAUUUCAUUCACUCUUUGAGCAUUUAUUGAAAGCUACCUUCCUCAUAAAGCAUUUCCAAAUUUCCUCAACCAGGUUUGUUUGAUCAUUUCUUUGAGGUUGCUUGUUUUUUUGUUUUCUUUUUAACCUCUCUUAUGUCAUUAAUAUAUUUUAAUACGCUUUUGUUUUGUAUUAAAUUUGUGUAGUUGUCUUACUCAUCUAGUCAAUUCUUGAAGACUGAAAAUAAGUCUUAUCCUGAUUCUGUUUAUGGACAAUAACUUCUGGGUAGAUAUUUGUGAAAUGUAUGAAGCUGAACCCAAAAUAAUAUAAUUGUGAGCAGAUAACUACUGAGUCCUGUGUCAAAUUAUUAUUUUUUUAGCUGAGCCAUCCUGCCACCUGUUAGCAGCUCACCGGCAGCUCAGCUCAGGCGGGGCAUCGAACCGCUGUUGCCAAAUUCUCUUCUUAUGUUUCAUCUCAAUGCUUGUUAAGCCUAAUCACCUUGUCACCAAAAAUUCACUCAUGAUGGGUUUCUUGGCAGAGAAACACGUUAGAAAAUAGGUCAGGUAAGCUGUCAUUAGUUCUAGUCCAAGCAUUGGUUUCUUUUAGAGGAAGUGGGUGAAGCAGGAAACCUGAGCUAGAAUAGAGCAUUAUAGCAUUAUUUCAUAAAAGAAAUGUGUUGUUGUUUUUUAAUCCAAAACACUUGCAUGGUCCCUUAGGCUUCAGAUAAUGAGAUUUCUCUUCCAUAUGUCAGGUGACUGCUAAUUGUAGAUAUUUAAAUGAUCAGUAUACAUUAAUAUUAAGCAGAAACACAAAGAGAUUCCUAAAACAGAUACCUUUAAAAAUUCAGGUUCUAUUUACUUACUGAAGAUUUCAAGCAUCUUUCUAUAUAUACUGUCUAGUGUCAAGUUGCGAGCUGGGAAACUUCGGAUCCACAGACUCACUGAAAAGUACUUCUAGUUUGAAAUCUUUGCAGGGUCCUUAUGACCUAAGGCUCACUGCUCGCUUCUCUACCAAGAAUGCAACUAAAAAAACCCAAACAAACAGUACAAAUGCCAUUCUUUUGUUUGUAUCAAGUGCAUGUAGAUGUAGAUAAGAUUUUUGUCUUGAGUCUUAAUCUAAAAUUUAAAAAGUUAGGCUAGCAUCUAACAAAGAAGAAUUUGAUAUUACUUUGUAACGGGGAACUGAAUGACUAUCUAUGUACCAGGAAAUCAUAUAUUUGUUCAAUUUAUUUUUAAAACACUUAUAUGGAGUUUAUACUCAGGUAUACUCUGUACUCGUGUACCUUUUCUAAGGACUUUAGAAACAUUAAUUCUCAUAAUAACUCUAUGGGGAUAGUACUAUUACCCCAUUACAGAUGGGGAAACUGAGAGAUUAAAGUAACUUGUCCAAGGUCAUUUAGCUACUGAGUGUGAGAACUGGAAUUUGUUCUAUAUUCCUGUGCUCAUAACAACUGUCCUUUCAAACUAAUUGAAUUGACCGUUCUUCAACCUAAGGCUACUCUGUUCUUCUGGUGAAAGUUCUCCUGGUUAAGGAAAGUGCCUUUGGAGAUUAUUAGUUCCAGGUAAGUAAUGUUCCUUUUUUUUUUUUUAUAGUUUUAGCAAGAAACAUCUAUUAGGGCGGCCCAUUAGCUCAGGUGGUUAGAGCGCAGGCUCAUAACACCAAGAUUGCCAGUUCGAUUUCUAUAUGAACCAAUAAGCUGCAUUCUCCACAACUAGAUUGAAGACAACUACUUGACUUGGAGCUGAGGGAUCCUGGAAAAACACACUGUUCCCCAAUAAAAUUUCUAAAAACAAACAAACAAAAAAACCACACACCUAUUCAGUGCUUGAUUACACAGGAUCCAUAUGAAAUGAAAUGCUUUUUGAGUUUGGAGAGACUUAUAAAAUAAGGAGUAGGUGCCUGUCUGGGGUAUAUUUAUGUGAACUGUCCACAUAAAGUUUACCAAAAAAUAAGGGACUAUGGAUAGUUUCCAUGUCUAUAGUGCUUUUACAAUUCAUAAUCCAUUCCCUUUGCUCCAUACAUCAACUCUGGUUGGCAGGACAAAUAUUAGAAAUUGCAUUUUAGAGUCUCAAAAAUGUUGUGACUUUCCAAACAUCCAAACAGUAGCAGGGUUAGCACUCUAAUCCAGUUCUCCUGACUCCAAAUCCAGUGAUUUUUCUCCUGUAUUAAACUCCUUUCCUGCAAUCUGAAUUUUGCUGUUACCUUGGCAACAGUGCAGAACACUGAGUGCCUGGAAACCAUGUUACUACCUUCUCUGUGCACAAAAUUAAAAGUUUAAUGGAGGUCACUUUAGCCAUCCAUCCCUUUGUCAAAUUUCCUUCUUCACGUGCUUCCUCUCAACAUUUGUUAAGCCUGGUGCCCUUGUCACUGAAAGCUCAUUUGUGAUGGGCUUCUGGGCAGACAGAUCAGGUAUGCUGUUUUUUCUGGAAUGUUCAGAAUGACCAGUCAUUCUGUUUCUCUUAGUCCUGGGUACGGGACAGGAAGCCUGCGCAACACCUAUAGCGGCCUGGAGUGAGGCCUUUUCCGGUACUUGGGCCUCACGUUCUACCUCUGAUGGAGCCAUUUGCCUCUCAACAGCUCUUCUGAGGAGUAGCUAUUUGGCAAAGGUAAAGGGCCUUUGCCUUCUGUUGGUUUGAGGCAAAAACUCGGUCUCAAGUGGUUUAAAUAGGGAAUAGUCUUUAUUUUAGAAGAAAUAGUCAUGCCUCUGGGGCUCACUUUUCAUCCAGUUACGAAGUUAUGAAGAGUCAGAUGUAUGAUCAGAUUCUAAAACUUUACAUACUAGGUCAUUUAAGAUUUUGUCAGCAGGUGGCACUGCGCUCCUUACUCACCAAAUAGUCUCUCCAAGAAAAUACUGUUCCUAAUUCUUUGCUAUUGAGUUCCUCGACUUGUUUAUCCACACCCAGACAUUUCUCCUCAGUUCCCUUUUGUAGCCGUUUAGUCUACAAUAUCUGUUCAUGCUUUUUAAUUUAUUUAUACCCUCUUUCCAAAAAGGAUUUGAAAUUGCUUACAACAUACAGUAUACAACAGUAAUAUAUGAAGAAAAGAAGAAUAUGACUUGCAACAAAGAAUAUUAUCUGAUUCUGGGUUACAGGUAGCUGAAAGAAAAAAAAUAUAUAUAUAGUUCUUUUCAUUACUAGGUCUUUGGUGAAUGGGGAUGGAGAAUGACUUUUAUAUGACAAGAAAUUAAAAGGAAAGUUCUCACCUAGGAUAAUUGGAAGCAAGUUUCUGUUGUACUCUUCUCAUCUCUCUAAUCUAUAGUAAGUUACUGCUGUUGUCAAAUCUAAGCAACACUUUUUUUACCCUGCAGCCUCAAGGCUGCACAAUCAGCAUUCCUCAACCUAUAAGCUUCAAUUUUUCUGGGUGCAGGCCUCACCCACUCAUUCGUCCUACACAGAAUGCGCUCCGACAGUCUACAAAGCCUUGCCCUGAGCAUUGGGACCCACAAGCACAUCCAUUAGGUAGUCUUGGGUGUGUCCAAAUCAAUUUAUGAUAAAAUUCCCUUCUCUCGGAGAGCUUUUAGCUAGUUGGAGAAAGAAGACCUACAUUUAUAUUCAUUAAAAUUAGAGAUCUAUUCCAGGCAACGUUAUAAUCAAAUGCUAAAUCUUUGUGAUGGGUCUUAAUAGGGUUCUAAGAUUGUUCUUCGUAUCUAAAAGCAAAUUGGUAAAUCCCAUCUCCUUCAAGUUUCUAACAGAAAACCAUAUUAAAACUGCGGCUUCAAUACAGUUUGCAAGGAAUGGCGUAUUCCGCCCUAGUUAGGGUAGACUGGCGUCGGGGCGGGCUGGGCGAGCUCCUCAGGAUCUCCGCCACGCAGCCCCCGGGUACUUGGCAGUGACUAACCAGAAGGAUCAGAGUCUCACCCGCCCACUGUAGUCGGAGGUUGGGCGAGGAUUGGGGGGCGGGGCCAGGCGGGGGGCUCAGGGAGCCAACCCCGGGAGUCGGGUUCCAAAGUUGGGGGCUCGGGCCCCCGCGCCACUGCGAGGUGGCAGCGGCGGUGCGGCCGGCUUUGUGGCGCGCGCGGGUUCCACCACAGGCGGCGCGGAGACAGGGCGUGGUGCAGGCGUCCACCGACCCCGGCACUCGGCCCGGCCGCGGGUGCCCCGCAUGGCCAUCCCGGCGGGGUCCGGCUUCCCUGCGCGCACGAACAGCCGCCUGGACGCGUUCCUGCGGAGGCACCUGGCCUCGGAGGUCUACGAUGCCAUCCGCGCCUACGAGCCGUGCAUUGUGGCGUCCGAAUCCGAGAAGCACACCUUAAAGUACGUGGUCCUCAGCGACCGGCUCAUCUACCUGACUGAGAACCCGCCCAAGUCCAUCCGGCGAGUCGUGGCGCUGCGGGACAUCGUAGCCAUUGACCUGAUUGAUGAUUACCCAGAAUUUUUGAGUCCACAACAUAGAGAAACCAACCAACACAUUCGUAUCAUCUAUACAACCGCUUUGAAAAAAGAGUGUGAAAAAUCAAAAGGUGUCAGUAAAUUUUUAUUUCCAUUUCAUCAUGCCAAGGCUAACAACAAAAAAGUGAAGGAAGAGCAUAAUGGCCCUUUAUUUUGGAGAGGCAAAGAGACUAGAAACCUGAAUAAAUCCUCUCUCGGAAAGCUACUCUUUUACAAGAUCCCCUACAUAUUAGUGAGUUUGGUCCUGCAACUGGAGGUCAAAAGCCAUACAGUUUUCUUCUGUUUCUGUAGAUCUGAAGAGAAAAUUAAGCACUUCAGUCAACUUAAAUCUGAACUUUUUCUUAAAGACAAUACUUUGAGGAAAAUACUUUGUUUAAUUACGGAACUUAAAGUAGCAGCCCAGAAAAACUUCAUUCUGAAAAGACUUUUCUGGAAAACCAGUGACCUUUUCUAUUUCCUAGUGAACAUGCUUCACCAGUACUUGCCAGAGUCGAGGGAUAAGAGCGCACUUCAAAAUAAAAGCCAAAGAGCAGAUGAGCUGAUGGCAUGCAUUGAAAUCAUACAGACUCUGGGACUGAUGUUCAGAGAAACCGAAACUGAGUCAUCACGUCUGAACACACUGGCAGCUAAGAAGGGAGCACUAUUUAAUCUCUUGGUAAUUUUAAUUAGCAAGCCUCAGAUUCCAAAAUCUUGUCCUGUGUUUGAGAUCCAGUUGGUGGCUGAUUCAACUUUCGUUGAGAUGUCUUUUGAUGCUGAGUUACAGAAGCUUAUCCUGGAAUAUACAAAUACAGCUACAGCACUUUUAUAUGAGAUACUUCUGGUCUCUCAGCAGGGAAAUCUUGGAUUGAGAUCAACAAAGUUUGCUAUUAGCUGGAUGAUGUCCUUUCUACAAAGUCGUCCCCCCAUAGUUACUUUUGUGGCCAGUAUUGUGAAGCAAGUGGUGAAGGGGCUUUCGGCUUCAUUUCAGCUGCUAAGUCCCAGCCAAACAGUUCUGUUAUACCAGCAGCUUUUCAUCCUCAAGAGCUGUCUGCAGUACAGCAAGACGCUAGCUGAGUACAUUAGGAAUGACUACAGUGAAGAAUUCAGGUACUUUAUUCACAUGCCAGCCUUGGAAAAAAGGCUCCCACUGUGUUACCCCAUUACCCAGCCUACCACUCAACUUUUUCAUGAAGUUCUGAAAUUGGUUGGACAGAAACAAUGUGUGAAAUGUUAAUAAUUGAGUAUAAAAUGUUCAUUGGGAGUCAACUUAAUAUUUAUGAGAAACAUUUGUUUUUUAAAAUUUAUUUAGUACCUGGCUAUCCCUUUGCGCUAUAAGCAAAGAUUUUAUUUGAAUGUUCCAUCAAUCCCUCUCUAAGAAAAGUAUUCAAAGUUUUUUUAUCUGUCACAAAAAAAGAAGCUUUAAAACCACUGCAUAUAUAAAGUGGUGCUAAAAACUAGUGUUUCUCUAAAACAAAGUUUCUAAAGACAUGAAAAACUAUAAAUGGAACAGAAACCCAUGGAAGAAGUGCAACCUGAUGAGAUCUGUUGAUGUAGUAACGGUGAGUGGCUUGAAGCCACUGAAAUAUCCAAAGAUAAAUUGUUGUGGGGAAUAUACACUACAAAGUGAUUAUUAGAGAAAUGCUGAGCCAUUGGAUGACACCCUCGUUCUCCACCUGUAAAACUUCUAGUGACAUAAGUAUUUGUGGAAGAAUGAGAAGAACACAGGCAUUAGAAGGUCAGUUCCUCAUUUAUCAUGAAGAAGCUUGGACUUUCCUCAACGAAAUUCGAUGCUCUUUGCGACUCUGUUUCAGGCACCUGUGGGCUAAUGUGAGUUGUCUCAUAGUCUCUAUAAAAGAGAAAUUGUCUAUAAACAGUUAUGCUCUCCCAACCAUUAAAAAAGAAAACGUCUUCACUACAUCUUAUGGCAAUACACUAAUUUUAUCCAACAAAACCUUAACUUUGGUAUCACUGUGAGCUAUUGAAUUUGGGCUUCUAAGAACUUAGAAACUGGACCCUCCAUUCAACUUAUCAUAAAUUGAGGUAGGAUCACAGAGAUAAAAUCCACGUCCAAAGAAAGAGCUCCCAAGUCAGAUUUGCCUGUGCUGUGCAGUGGAGACAGAAUUAUACUCACUCAGGACAUCUUAUCUCAGGUUCUGCCUGAGCCAUUAACCAGCUAUUUGACCUUGAACAACUCAGGUCUCCUUUCUGGGCCUCCUCUCCUGUGUGGAAGGGCAGGACUAGAAAUUCUCCAAGUUCCCUCCCAGCUCUUAACAUUCUCGGCCUGUGAUAAGACACUUAGCUGUAACGGAGUAGUGGAGUAGCACAUUCUUCUGCUAUCCUGGCUCAGAGGAUGAUUUCACACUGAUUCCAAAGAAUCCUGCUUUUUUUGGGCCCGAACAUUUCCCUUCCAGCUGUCAUCAACAUCACUCUGCAGUGUCUAACUAAGCCUUCUCCACCAUCACUAUCAAAAACUACAAGUCUUCUACUCUCCAAUCUGGGAGCAGAGAGGGGAGCCAAAUGGUGUUUAUGAGUGUCCUGGGCUGUUAGAUGGGGGAUUGUUCCCAAGAGAUGACCAAUCAGAAGAAUAUGAAAAGAUUCUUGGGAAACAGGCAAGCGACACUUCAAACUGGAUAACUGAUGAGCAGUGGGUUGACUACUGGUGAAUGGUGGAACCUACCAAAGGACAAUGAGAGAAUCAACUCAGUUUGUCUCAGCUUCUAAGCAGUGCCUGGGCUCUGGGCUGGCAGCAGUGCAGGCUCUAGAGAAGGUAUGGAGUUUCUCGCCCAUGUGCCUUCUCCAUGUUGCCUUUUCUCGCCCACUGCUCUCUUUGCUCUGAAAACACAUUUUAUCUCAUCUCUGGGAGCAAAAGCUCUGUCGGGAUGUACCUGAAUCUUUCUAAGUCAGUAGCUCUUUGGGUUGAAUAUUUGUCAUCUUGAUUUUCUUAUGACAUGUGUCUAUUCAUGUGUACAAUUGGGGGGCAAAGGGGGAUUGAAUAUUUGUCACCUUGAUUUUCUUAUGACAUUGUCUAUUUAUGUGUACAAUCGGGAGGGAGGGAACAGCAUUGGGAAA